CACUGUCCCUCGCCGGCUGCCGUACUGGACUACAAUUCCGCGCCGGACUACAUUCCCCAUGAGUGACGCGCGGAGCGCCGCUAAAAUCUCUUCAACACACAAACGAGACUAAUAGUCACAAACAACCGAUUUGGGAGGAAGAUGAGGGUGAAGGAGAUACUCAGGACGGCGACACAGGCGUGGAGUCCUGCGACAAAGCAUCCCGUGUACCUGGCCUUAGGAACCGCAGCGCAGCAGCUGGAUGCAUCCUUCAACACCAGCGCCGUUCUGGAGAUCUUUGAGAUGGAUUUCGCUGAUUCAUCCAUGGACAUGAAGCUCAGAGGAACUCUGCCCACUUCUAACAGGUUUCACAGUCUGAUCUGGGUGGCGUUUGAUAUGGAGGUGAAGGGCUCGUCCGGGCGGCUCAUCGGCGGCAGUGAGAGCGGAAGCGUGACCGUCUUCAGCCCCGACGCUAUUCUCAGCGCGGCAGAGGACGCCGUGAUCGGACAGUCCAACAAACACACAGGCCCUGUGCACGCGCUCGACUACAACCGCUUCCAGAGUAACCUCAUCGCCUCCGGAGCCAGCGAUUCAGAAAUAUACAUCUGGGACUUGAACAACUUCAGUAAUCCCAUGACGCCGGGCACAAAGUCACAGCUCUGUGAGCCGGCGGAGGACGUGAGCGUGGUGGCGUGGAACAGUCAGGUGCAGCACAUACUGGCCUCCGCAAACCCCAGCGGGAAAGCCAUCGUCUGGGAUCUGAGGAAGAACGAGCCCAUCAUCAAAAUCAGUGACCACAGCAACAGGAUGCACUGCUCGGGGAUGUUGUGGCAUCCAGAUGUGGCCACUCAACUGCUUCUGGCAUCAGAGGAUGACAGACUUCCGGUCAUACAGAUGUGGGACCUUCGGUUUGCAACCUCGCCUCUCAAAGUCCUGGAGAGCCACACCAGAGGGAUUCUGUCCAUCUCGUGGAGUCAAGCUGAUCCAGAGCUUCUUCUGAGCAGCGGCAAAGACAACCGGAUCCUGUGCUGGAACCCAAACACCGGAGAGGUGAUUUACGAGCUGCCGACAGCCAAUCAGUGGUGUUUCGAUGUGCAGUGGUGUCCACGUAACCCCGCCCUCCUGUCAGCCGCAUCGUUUGACGGACGGAUCAGUGUGUACUCUGUGAUGGGAGGACGUCUUCAGCAGCAUCAGCACAGCACGGUGGACCAGAUCUCGGCUUCGUUUGACACCAGCGACCCGUUUGGAACCGGUCAGACUCUUCCUCCUCUGCAGGUUCCUCAGCCCUCAGUCGAAACCACCAUCAUCCCUCCGCUAAAAAAGCCGCCCAAGUGGGUACGGAGGCCCGUAGGAGCAUCUUUCGCGUUCGGAGGGAAGCUGGUGACGUUUGAGAGCCCUAAUGUGGCUCCGCAGCAGCAGCAGCCAAUCCGGCGACAGGUGCAUGUGAGUCAGGUGACCACAGAGACGGAGUUCCUCCAGCGCUCGGACGAGCUGCAGGCCGCUCUGCAGUCAGGAUCCUUCAGCAGCUACUGCCACGGCAAGAUCAGCAGCGCCCCGUCGGACGCCGAGCAGGACAUAUGGAGGUUCCUCAUGGUGAACUUUGAAGAUGAAGCGCGUGUGAAGUUUCUGCGGCUGCUGGGCUUCAGUAAAGACGAGCUGCAGAGGAAGAUCUCAGCGUGUUUGGGGAGGAAGCUUCAUCCGAACGGUUUAGACGUGAAUGAUCUGGCUGAGAAGAUGCAGACGCUUUCUGAUCAGAGAGCAGAUGAGUCAGACGGUUUGUCCGGCCGUGAGUCUCCGGCUGAUUUCUUCAGUCAGCUACCAAAGAAAGAGAAAGACCGAGCGCCCUUCCAGAUCCCCGUGUCCUCAGAUACGGACGGUCUGAUCAGUCAGGCUCUGUUGGUGGGGAACUUCGAGGCUGCGGUGGAUCUGUGCUUGAAUGACGGCCGUUUCGCCGAAGCUAUCCUCCUGUCAAUCAGCGGAGGGGAGGAGCUACUGAAGAAGACCCAGCAACGCUACCUCCACCGACAGACCAACAGCGUCUCCAUGCUGAUCUCGUCAGUGGUGACGCACAACUGGUGUGAUAUCGUCCAGAGCUGUGAGCUGGAUAACUGGAAGGAGGCGCUAGCGGCUCUGCUGACCUACGCUAACCUCGAGGCGUUCGCUCCUCUCUGCGAUACUCUGGGCUCCCGUCUGCAGGCUGACGGCACAGAGAAGUGCUGUCUGCAGGCCUGUCUGUGCUUCAUCUGCUCGGGGAACAUCAAGCGUCUGGUGGAGUGCUGGACGUCACAGAGAGACUGUUCUUCUCCGCUGGCGCUGGAGGAUCUGGUGGAGAAGGUGAUGAUCCUGCGCAAGUCGAUCGAGCGUCUGCGUAGCGGCGAGGUUUGUGUUCAGAGCUCAGCGCUGACUGAGAAGCUCAUCCAGUACUCCAGCAUCCUGGCAUCACAGGGCAGCUUGAGUUCAGCGCUCCGCUACCUGCCUGACAGCCCAGACCAGGCUGGUGUUCGGAUGUUAAGAGAGCGGCUGUCGCAUGCGAAGGGUGAGAUCCUGCAGAGACCACAGCCGUCUGCGCCAGCAGGAGGCGCUAAAGCACCGGCAAACACACACACUCCUGCAGCACACACACAGGGGCCCUACGGAUCCGCAGCUCCUCCUCAGAUGCAGCAGAUGAUGCCCCGUCUCUUCACUCCUCAGCCGCGGCCCGAUUCUGCUGCUCCUGCUGGAGCUCCACCGUCGAGCCUCAGACCCUGUGUCUACCCACAACACCCUGCCACAGCUCCGGGUUUUGCUCCGUCUCAGCCGUUUGCUCAGUCUGGUUCUUUCGGAGCUCCGGUGGGUUUCAUGUCCGGCCCCUCGAUGUCGGGGCCCUCAGUGCCACCCUCCUCGCCCCCGGGCCCCAUGAUGCUCGCUCCGCCCGGCCCAGGGUUCCUCUCACCCACGUCUCUGCCCUUGUUUCCAGCGGCUCCUCCCGGCGGGGCCUAUCUUCCUCUCAGAGCCGGGUAUCCUCAGGGCGGCCCCGGAGCCCCAGGGGUCAAGAUCUUCAGCGGCGCCGGUGUCCCGCCUCCUGUCUCUUCAGUUCAGGACGGGUGGAACGACCCUCCAGCUGUACGCGCAGGACAACGCAAGAAAAAGCUGCCAGAGAACUACACUCCCCCUGCUCCGAUCACAGCACCGGUGAUGGGUUUCCCGGUGGAGGCUCCUGUUCCUCAGGAUCGGAUCCAGGUGCCGCCCGGAGCCCCUCAGGAGCCCAGCGUGCAGUCCUUACAGCAGCUUCCUGCCGAGCACGUGGAGCAGAAGGAAAUCCCCGCCGAACACAUGAUCCUCAAGACCACCUUCAGCAGCCUGGUGCAGCGCUGUCAGCUGGCCGCCGCAGACCCGCAAACGAAGCGCAAACUGGACGAUGCCUCCAAACGUCUGGAGAGUCUGUACGACAAACUGCGAGACCAAGCGCUCUCUCCCAGCAUCCUCGGCGGCCUGCAUGAGAUCAGCCGCUGCGUCAGCGUCCGCAACUAUCAGCAGGGUCUGGAGGUUCACACGCAGGUGGUGAGCAGCAGCAACUUCAGCGAGAUCUCUGCCUUCAUGCCCGUCCUCAAAGUGCUCAUGACCAUCGGCAACAAGUUGGCUGUGUGACUCCAGUGCUCCACAGCAGAUCCGGUUUCCGCUUGUGUUUUGAUCUGUCACAGAACUGUGCUUUAAGAAUGAAUGCAGCGUUAAUAUCCCACCGCUUUCCACUGCUGGUGUUCUUAUGUGUUUGGGAUUCUCUUUCCAUGCAGCAGGCCUUAUUCAUCCCACAACAUUGUUCAUCAACACAGAAUUGUUCAUAAAACCAUUAUUGCAUAAAUUGCAAUGAAUUAAAUGCAAUGGAUUGUCUAAAACAGGCCUUAAAACAAGCAGAACUAAUUUGUGCAAACUGUCGCAUUUAAUUCAGUGUGGAAACGUUGUCAUGAAACACAAGCAGAACGACUUUCUGUGCAUCAUUUUUCAUAACCAUUGUUGCAUAAAUUGCGUUAAAUUGAAUGCAAUGGUUUACCUAAAAAUAGGCCUUGAACAAGCAGAAGCAAUUUGUAUAAAUUAUUGCAUUCAGUUCAAAGUAAGAUCGGGCCUUUUUUUGUGAAACACAAGCAGAAUGAUUUUCUGUGCAU